GCUUUGCUGUCUUUGCGCUGUGCCUGUGCGUGCCUCCAGCGUCGAGCGGCGCGGGCGCCACUCCCGUCCCCUGGAGGCUGCGCGCAACGCGGCGGCUGCCCGCUAGGGGUAUUAAUAAACCCUUCCUCCAUGGCUGGAGAAGGUUCUUGGCGUCUUGGUUUCUUGCUGCUGUUGUGGCGGCGGUGGUAGCAGCAGCAGCAGUAGUAGAUUGGUGGUAGGGAGUGCGAGGAGGAGGAGGAGGGUAUGAGGGACAUGGGGCGGCGCAGCAGGGAGGGGGAGGGGGAGGAAGAGGAGAGGGCGGUGGCUGCUUCCCGUGUGGUUCGGGAAGAGCAGGGUGGGCGGAUGGAGAAGGAGAAGAGGAAGGAGAAGGGGAAGGGGAAGGAGAAGGAGAGGAGGGAGGAGGACAAGCACUUCGGGAGGAGCUUCUUCCGGGUGCUUCUCACGCCGCAAUCCCUGGAGCGGAUGAAAAUUCCAUCAUCAUUCAACCAGUGCCUUCAGAAUCAGCCUACUGGAAUGGUUUCCCUGGCUGAUCGAAGUGGCAAUACAUGGAGUGCAGAGCUGACUUCAGAUUCUGAGGGAUUCUGUUUUGUGCAUGGAUGGAAACAAUUCGUCAGGGAUAACUUUAUUCAGUGCGGACAAUUUGUAGUCUUCACUUAUGACAAGCGCUCACAUUUCUCAGUAGUGGUGUUUGAUCCAUCAGGAAUUGACAAGAUGCCAUCCCACUUCACUCACCUCUCAAAAAAAUUGAUCAUCAAAACAGAGAGUGAUGAAAUGGGCAUUGACAAUGCAGCUAUCACUUCAGAAAAAAUGGCUCCCCUGCCGAAGGAUAAUAACAGAACCGCAGGAAAGAUAGCCAUAGAUGUGGAUUGUCAUAUGGAAGAUAGGGUUCUAUUGAAGAAGUCCAAUGAGGCUAAUGUUUCGGGAAGUGCUAAGAGAAAACGUUCACGAGCUUCCCUUGGCAAAUCUAAGGCAACAUCAAUAAGCCAUAACAGUACCAAAGACUCCUCGAACAACAUGUCAGAUGAAGAUAUGUCUUGUAGCAAGUCACCAAAGGCACCAUUCCUAAUGCGUUUUAUGUCUGGUGAAGUGGCUCGACGUGGCAAAUGCAUGUCAAGGGGUCAAAGGCAACUAAGAGUAAUAUCACAGAGGCGUCCGGUAACUGAAGCAGAGAAGGACCAUGCUCUUCAAAGGGCAAAAGAAUUCAAAUCCAAGAAUCCUUUUGUUCUGCAAAUAAUGAUGGAGUCAUAUGUCUAUGUGGGAUUUUUCAUGAAUAUCCCAUGUGAAUUUGUCCGUGAGUGCCUUCCCCGGACCAGCAAAAGGAUCACACUUUGGGAUCCACAAGGGAAGGCCUGGGCAGUAAACUACGUCUACUACAGUGAUCGUUCGGUUGGUUCUUUCAGUGGUGGCUGGGGCAAGUUUGCUGUUGGAAAUAAUCUGGAGAAGUUUGACGUUUGUGUCUUCGAGCUUGUCCAGAAGGAUAACAUAAAAGUGCACAUCUACAGAGUUGUCCCCGAAAUUACUCCACCCAAACUCCAAGCCGACAAGAGGUAACAGGGGUAUCUCGGCGUGUUGGAGGCUUCAAUUCCAUUGAUCUGAGGCUGUAGUGGCAAUACCAAGGCUAUUUAUAUGUUGGUGGUAUCUAAAAACAAAAUAAGUGGCUGGUUAAUAAGCAAACUAUUGUUCCGAUUGGGUUGUUGAAUGACUAGUUAGACCUGGUUGUAUUAGUUAAAGAGUACUGUUGUUGCAGACGUGCAACCAUUAUAAUGCUACAUAUAUGAACAAUGUAAUUUGCAUUUUUUUUGUGGUUGUUAAUUAUUUUUAUGUCACAUAUAUAUUCAUUCAUAUUAUCAUCAAAGUAUACUGGUCCGAGAGCAGAAAACCAGAUGAUCUCAUAUG